CAAUUAAUUCUGAUAUAUAUAACAACCAAAUCUCGGUAUAGGUUACGGGAAAUAGCAAAGCAUGGUUUUCCUUUGUUAUGUGGCGUCAUUCGUAAAGAGUGAGCCAAUGACAUAAAUUUUUAGGACUUACGUACAGGGCACUUUGGUUACACUCAUAAGCGCACGAAAUGAACACAUAAAAUUUGGUACUUAUUACAAAAAUAACAAUGGGUUUGUAUACAAAAGAGAAAACCUCGAUGUUGUUUGAUGUUGUUCUUACAGGUAGCUUAGCUACUAUAGUUACAUUUAGGAUUAAACUAGCAUUUAUUACUUAAUACUCAGUAAAAUAGGUCAAGUUUGAUUAUUAAACUUUUUCGCUAUAGCUAGCUAGACUAAGCAUGAAAGGACAAGGCUGGGCUUUUUAGCUGGGUUAAAAGUCAAAACUUAAAGAAGAAAAUUACAUCACAUUUUUUAAGAUUAUACUAGCUACACAUAUUUUAGAACACCUGCAGGAAAAUGCAUUGUUCAUCAAGUUACCCCAUAUGGCUAAUAUGGAAGAUUUCUUCAUAAGAAGCAUCAGAAACUUUUUUCAUGUGGAUUACUUUUACAUUAACAAAAAUUAAAAAUUUGAAGAUAAACUUUUACGAUUUUGUCAUUCAUUAGUUUUCAAAUUUCUCGCUGGAAAUUUUUAAGCUUUAAAACCGGUGUCUCACGGUAACUUUUUCGUUCUUAUUCUAAUGUUAAUACAUAAGCUAUGCAAGAACUUUUGCAGGAAAAUAAAAACACAUUAAGAGAAAAAGUUUGUUAUUAAAAUAUUAUAAAUAAUUUCAAACGAUUAGUCCCUGCAGUCAUUUUGGUGUCAGCGGUAUGAAAAACUAUGCUAAAACUAUACUAAGUAAAAGUCCUAUUACUUCAGUAAAAAUUGAAAUAAUGACUUGAAACUUAGUAUUACAUGUUUUUAGACCAGUUUGAUGAAAUGAACCCAAAAAUUUUUUUUACUACUAUAAUAGUUUCUGAGUUCUUAAUUUUGGCCAUUUUUUGAGACGCCGAUAAACUUUUUUUGACAGCAUAUCAGUUUUGACAAGCCAUGUGUACAGAUAACAUUCUAAGUGAUUCUCAGGAUUAAAAAUAAUUCAAACAGAUAAAAUGUGUCCCAGGUUUAGGACCAAAUGCCUUAUCCAGCUCAGAGAAAGUGGAAAUGUGCUUCUGAAGCACAGUGCUAAAUACAUAAUCUAAAUUUUAUGCCGUAUAAAUACAAAGUGGUUAGAAAGUUAUUUUUUUGUCCACCUGGAUCUGCAACACAUUUACUUUGCACUAAUCGCCCAGUCUGCUGCCACUCACAAUUAAUUUUUGAAUAUCCACAGGAACUUUUUAUGCAAAAUGAAAAAUGCUAAACAACUGUAUUUGCUUUGCAGAAGUAACAAUAGGCUUAUCUUUAUCAUAAGUCCUGUGAAUGUUGGUUUAUGAAAAAGAUAUUCUUAAUGCUACAAGUGCUCCACUGGAUUUGUAACACAUUACACUAAGUGUCCUCCUUGUGAAACAGUUUGCACUUUACUAAGUCUUAACAUGAAGACUUUAGGUCUUCUCACUUCAAGCGAAUAUUACUUCUGGCUAUACUUUCCCAAAUUUUGUUAUUUCAUAAAAGAAAACUGAAAAUCUACAUAAUUUAUUUAUGAAAUAUAGGUUUCAGUUUGUCGUGGAAACAUGUUUACCAACAUGCAAUGUCUUGCAUACCUAACUAGCUAUAUACUCAAGUCUUGAAUGUUCACUGCUAUGGGAGGUCCAAAUAACUACCUAGCUAUUUUUAUUUAAAAUGACAGAAUGCUUUGAAAAAUCUUUUGUGCAGCUAGCUACAUUAAAGUAAUAUAUUUAGCUCUUGAACUUUAUCACUUAUUUAUUUAAUAACAAAUGUGCCCUGGAGUGCUGGCAUGGUACUGGCUAGAGGUAGCUUAAAAUCACAAAAUAAAUAUUAUCCAGAUGUGACCAUCCCUCAUCAUCAGACAUCGGAAAGGCGUUUCUGUUCUUUACUUCUCAUUGUGGGGUACCUCGAAUUCUGUAAAUCCAAUGAAAAAAAAUUACUUAAGAAUUCCUCUUCUUUCCCUUGCACUACUCAUGGCAUUUCUUUGCAUGCCUUCAGUUUCAAGCCACGAUCCCUGAGCUUCCAACCCCGUCUUAGUCACAAGUUUCAGCGCUAGCCAAAGUGACGGACAACGUUGAGGAACUCUGGGUAAUUUUGAAAAAAUGUGGUUCUGCCUUAUGAUUUUCAAAUAUUUGCUGCUGAUAUCAGCAUAUUUUGGCCCUCGGGUGCCACACCUCCGUACAUAUAGGAGUUAAUUAUCUAUAAUAACGUUUUAAGAAAUAGAUUUGUGAACGCUUUUAAAGUUCUUUAUACAAUGUGAUUCGAAUGUAAGAUGAAGAAUAUUAUUAUAGAACAGUUGGCAAUUUUUGAUUUUCCGCAAAGACAAGUUUUGAAUUUGCAUGAUUUCUGCAUUUCCCAAUAUCAUACAGAAAGUAAAAUUUCUUAUUUUUUUUAAACACUUUUUAUGUUCACAAUCUUAGAUCAGUAUUUACGUAUAAUUUUUUUUUAUCCCAGACGGAAACUUUAAAGGCAACAUCAGUCACACCUUGCUUUGCUGUAGUGCAGCUCCAAUUGCAUAUAGGAUACAUAUUGUUUAAAAAUAUAUAUGCAGUAGAGUUUAGGUUCAGACGAAUAAUGCUUUUUCUUUUCGUUGGUAUCGCAACGGUAUUGAUAUUAGGUACAAAGUCAAGUAGAUUGGAAGGUUCGCGGGAUGCUAUAUGUAACGAAAAACCCGACGGAUAUUACAAGGACCCGAAAAAUUGCAAGGGAUAUGUGACGUGCAAGAAUGGGAUGACAUAUCAUCAAGAAUGCCCAUUUGAAUUGUUUUACAAUGCUGACAAAAAGUUAUGUGACUUUGAAGAAAAUGUGGAUUGUCCUAUCAUUGCAGAAAAGACUAAAAAGGAUAUUUGUACAAUGGAAGAACGCUCGUAUAAUCGUGGAGAAAACUUCGUUAUUAAAGACUGCAGUGGUAAAUGCAAAUGCGAGGGACCCAACUACAAAUGCACUCCUCUGUGUCCACCAUUUGUAAGGGAAUGUGAACUAAGUGGUAAAUUUCGAGUAGAGCAAUAUCUAAUGUCGCAGGACCCGAUUUGUUAUUGCGAAAGAAAAAUAUGUGAGAACAUCUACAAAAUGGUUUAAAUGUAUUUUAUUGAUUUUUUCGUUAUAUACUUCCUAAUCGUUAUUUCUUACAAAAAAAGGAAGUGAGUGACAGAAGGAUUUUAUCAACAAUAUUUUUUAAGUAACCUUUCACUUCCAGGUUAUACAUAAGAUUCGCAGGGCAUCUUUCUUAUUUUGUCAAAACUGAAACAUCUAGAUACGAAUAUAUUGAAACGUUUGCAAGAAAUAGGAACAAGGUAUUUGUGACAACGUUCGAAUUGUAAAACCUAUGUACACAGUUAACUCCCGGUAACUCGAACCUCCAAGGUACCAUAAAAAACAGUUCGACUUAACGAAGAAUGUUCGACUAAAGCGAAACUCCUGUUGAUUCGAACUUAGACAAAAAUGAGAUACUAGUUCGAGUUAAGACAAUUUUUUCCAUAUCUAUAAAAGUGUUUCAAGAAAAGUUUAUGGACGAAUAUUUUCUACUUGCCGAUCCCUAUGAAAAAUGCGUUAUUACUAUUAUUGCAAAAGCAGUAAAUCUUGAGGAUGGCGAUGGCAUGCAAGUGCCUGGCAUUAUCCAACUGUCAGAACAAAAGUGUAUGAUGGACAUUAACAAAACAGAACUUAUAAUUUAAAAAAGGACUGUAACUUGUAAGGAAGUAACUUUUGUAACCUGCAAUAAUGAAUUAUUUUCUAA